AUGGCCACACCAAACACCGCCGUCACCACCACCCCCACCCCCACCGUCGCAUUCACCACUCCGCCAAUCUACGCCGCCCGCCUCCGCCACGUCCUCACCCUCAACAACUUCACUCCCCUCUCCUCUCCCACACUCACCGUCCACCACACCCCCUCCACCGUCUCCGCCCUCAAACCCCACCUCUCGCCUCCUUCCCUAAACCUCUUCUCCGCCGUCGCCUUCCCUUCCCGCACCGCCAUCGCCGCCUUCUUCGCCGCCGCAGACGACGUCGCUCAUCCUCUCCUCUCCCCAAACGGCGCCGUCUUCACCGUCGCCGCGCUCGGCAAGGACGCCGAGCUCAUCGACGACGGCUUCGUCCGCAAGCUCAGUCGAGAUCGUCGCCGUGUCAGAAUUCUGGUACCUCCGACCGCCACGCCGAGCGCGUUGGUUCACGCGCUCGGCGACGGCGGCGGCAGGAGGGUGCUGUGUCCGGUACCGGUGGUGUUGGGGCUGACGGAGCCUCCGGUGGUGCCGGAUUUUCUCCGGGAGCUCGGUGAAAGCGGUUGGGCUCCGGUUCGGGUCAAUGCGUACGAGACGAGGUGGGCCGGUCCGGAGUGUGCGGCCCAAGUGGUGGAGAGAAUCAAGAACGGGGCUUUGGAUGCGAUUGUGUUUACUAGCACUGCGGAGGUGGAGGGGUUACUGAAGAGCUUCAAGGAGUUUGGGCUGGGCUGGGAGAGUGUCAAGAAAUUGUGCCCGAAACUGCUCGUUGCGGCCCACGGGCCCGUUACUGCCUCCGGAGCCCGAACCCUUGGUGUCGGAGUAGAUUUGGUGAGUUCUAAGUUCGACAGUUUUCAAGGUGUUGUUGAUUCUUUGCGUUCUGAGAUUUUCAAAGCUUAG